GAGUUUGCACACGAGUUUUGAAUGGUCUGUCGUCGUCUGCUGCGCACUGAGGAAGAAAGCAACAAUGGCGGCGGAAUCGAACAAUCUAGAAGAGGUUUUGGAGCCGUUUUACCGAAGAGCUUCGGAAGCAGAGGAUCGCUUGGCGAGGCUCGAAGCUUCUUUGUCAAGAAACAAAGAUUCUGGGAAUGAGAAGCAACAAAAACUGAUUGGCGAACUCCAGUCAAAGCUAGAAAAUACAAAAGCCGAACAAGUUGUUGAAAGAGAAAAGAUGAAGAAAGCUAUGAUGGAAGUGCAACGCCUUACUUCUGAAAAUGCAAAGCUUCAAUACCGAAUACUCCAUCUUGCUCGAGCAUUAAAGGAGGCUGAUCACAGAUAAUCCGCUAAUUAAGUCGUUUCAUCGACAAUUACACUUAAAUAUCUCCCGUUCGAUGCUAUGACCCGAGCUUGAUUUCGGGCGAUCAGACUGCUCAUUCUUGCAGGCUUCUUACCUUCUCCUGGUAUGGAAUUUCUUAGCAAACUUAUUCAAAUUAUCCAUUGUUUAUCUGUGAAUUUCAUACAUAGCAUUGUCCCAUUUUCACAUGCUUCUAAUUUAUGCUCUUUUGAUUCA